AUGUUCAAUGACUCACAGCUACUGCACAAGGUGGUGAACGGGGACUUGCCGGGUGUCCAGGAGUUGGUGAAUGCUGGAGUGAGUGUAAACGGCAAUCUUCGCCCCCUGCGAGACAUCCCGCUCAUCCUCGCAACCGUGGAAGGUCAUAUCCGCAUCGCUAAGUUUCUGAUCGCAAGAGGAGCCAACCUAGAGUCGGCCUGCCUUGAAGACGUUGGAAACGAAAAUGGAGAAAUGUCCGCGAGGAAAGGGACGCGCGCACUUCAUCUUUCCUCCAGCCCUGAAAUGACCUCUGUGUUGCUGAAGGCUGGGGCAUGUCUCAACGCCACGGACGCGGACGGGUGCACCUCUCUCGUACGAACUGGCGGUGGGGAUGGUACGAGAGCUGCUCAAGGGAAAUGCCGACCCCAGGUUGACCACUAA